CGCAUGUCUCUGGAUAUGUCCUUGGUAUCCGUGGAGAAAAGCGUCGCGUGCAGGCUGGCGUCCCCCGCCCCCGCGCGCCUCGCCCCCGCGCCCGCCCGCCCUGCCGACGCGCUGUGCGGCAUCUUGACUCCAGCCGGGGUGCUCAUCCUGCUGCAACACGAGGGCGUGCUGCAUGUAGACCACAGUGAGGCGGGCCAGCCGUCCAACCUGAAUAUAAGUGAUGUCAUUGAGGCGAUCACGAAGGCGGACCCGCUGUUCGGGCCGGGAGUAGAGGCAAUGCCGCGACCUCUGACCUCCCAUCCGGGGCAGACCUACGUCCGCAUAGUGGAGCAACCCGCCGGGAAGGCGCUCAGGUUCCGGUACGAGUGUGAGGGUCGGUCGGCGGGCUCCAUCCCCGGGGUGAACAGCACCCUCGAGAGGAAGACCUACCCCACCAUAGAGAUCGUGGGCUACAAGGGAGAUGCCGUCGUCGUGGUGUCCUGCGUCACCAGGGAACAGCCCUACAGACCUCACCCCCACAACCUGGUGGGGCGCGAGAGGUCAUGCGAGAACGGAGUGUGCACCGUGAAGAGGAGCAUCAGCGAGGAGUCGCCACAGGUGUCCUUCAGUAACCUGGGGAUACAAUGUGUCAAGAGGAAGGACAUCGCCGAGGCGCUCAAGACGAGAGAGAGGCUCCGGGUGGACCCUUUCAAGACCGGUUUCGGUCACCGCAACAAGCCGCAGAGCAUCGACCUGAACACUGUGAGGCUCUGCUUCCAAGUGUUCCUCCCUGACGAGCGGACCGGCAAGAUCAAGCACUCGCUGCCGCCCGUCGUGUCCGACGUCAUCUACGACAAGAAGGCCAUGAGCGACCUGGUCAUCAUGAGGGUCAGCCAGUGCUCGGACUUCGUCAAGGGAGGCGCCGAGAUCAUCCUGCUGUGCGAGCGAGUGACGCGCGAGGACAUCUCCGUGGUGUUCUUCCAAAAGGAGGGCGACAACGUGGUUUGGGAGGAAAGCGCGCACAUCGUGCUCGUCCACAGGCAGUACGCCAUCGCUUUCCACACGCCGCCCUACAGAGAUCAGGCGGAGACAGGACACGUGCAGGUGUAUCUCCAGCUGAAGCGGAUCUCGGACAACGCCCGCAGCAACGCCGUGCCGUUCGAGUACAUCCCGGAAUACCAAGAUACGAACUAUUUAAAGCAUAAGAGGUUGAAGAAGUUACCUUCGGUGUUGCAUACUUCCUACGACACAGACAGAAGCUACCAAGGAGAUCAGAAGAUUAAAGCGGAACCCAGAGACAAAACUCCGCCUCACCCCGCGGCCAGCCCGCUGCAAGUGUUCUCGCCACACUACGAGCAGGAACAGAUGCAGCAAGACCACUACCAGCAGCAGGCCUGGGGAAUGCAAGGUGGAUUAAACAUGGCCGGGCCGAGCCAUAUUAACUAUGGGCAGGACUUGCAGUGGAGUCCGAAUUACGUCCAACUGGGUUCCAACCUCCAGCCUCUGUCACCGAAUAUGACGACCCUGACCUCCAACAUGCAACAGAUGUCAAGCCUGCAACCUCUGUCGCCGAAUAUGCAGAGGAUGUCGCCGAAUAUGCAGGCCAUGUCUCCCAAUAUGCAAGCGAUGUCUCCGAACAUGCAAGCACUAUCGCCCAAUAUGCAGGCCAUGUCUCCCAAUAUGCAAGCGAUGUCUCCGAAUAUGCAGGCCAUGUCUCCAAAUAUGCAGGCCAUGUCACCCAACAUGCAAGCAAUGUCUCCGAACAUGCAAACGAUGUCUCCAAGCAUGCACGGCAUGUCUCCUAACCUGCAAGCGAUGAACACCAACAUGCAGAUGGGUAUGGCGCCGCUGCUGGAGUCGCCGCUGGGAGAGCCUCUGACGUCUUCGGAGCUGUCCGGACUGGCCGCUCUGCUGGACCGAGGACCCGACCUCAGCGACAGCCUCAACCGCCUCUCCACCGGGGACCUCUACCCCAUCUGCAGCGGAGACUAGCGGCUUAGUUUAGUGUCGUGUGGUUCGCGUGACGGCGUUCGUGCGGCGAGUCAGAGUCGAGGUGACGUCGGUCGCAGCACCGUCUCUACAGGAGUAGAGACGGCUGUUGGACGCUCGAGAGAUCAUUCGGCAAAUACAAACGAUUAUGGAUCCCUUAUGAUAUUAUUCUAGUUAGUGUUUAAUGUUUGUAAUGUAGAUAGUCACAUCACGGCCGGAGCAGACGAGUUUCCCUCACACCAGGUGGACUGCUUGAGGUCCAUGUGUUUGAUAGUUUACGUCUCCUAAGCUGUAGGUCAUAAUGCGUGCACAAACAAUAAUACAUACGUUUGGAGUUAAAAAUAACCUGCGUCUCCUAACACAGAGAAGAAACCUCUUAGUCUGGAAACGUUGACAGAGGAGAAAAAAAUGAGACAAAUUCAAUAAAGAAAUUCGUUAAAUGAAAAUAUGAGAUUUUGGAAAAUUGUGAGAUUUUAUGAAGUAAGGAAAAUAUGAUUUUUUUUAAUGUGAACUAAUUUGAUAGUUGUAGUGGAUAAGACUUAGACAUCGCCCCGGCACGGAGCGGACGAGGCGUGUCUUGGAACCAAAUAUUGUGAUUCAAAUGUUCUGUGCUGUGUGGUGACGACCUUACAAGGCUCGGGUCAGAGGUUGUGUGGUGACGACCUUACAUGGCUCGGGUCAGAGGUUGUGUGGUGACGACCUUACAAGGCUCGGGUCAGAGGUUGUGUGGUGACGACCUUACAAGGCUCGGGUCAGAGGUUGUGUGGUGAUGACCUUACAAGGCUCGGGUCAGAGCUUGUGUGGUGACGACCUUACAAGGCUCAGGUCAGAGGUUGUGUGGUGACGACCUUACAAGGCUCAGGUCAGAGGUUGUGUGGUGAUGACCUUACAAGGCUCGGGUCAGAGCUUGUGUGGUGACGACCUUACAAGGCUCAGGUCAGAGCUUGUGUGGUGACGACCUUACAAGGCUCGGGUCAGAGGUUGUGUGGUGACGACCUUACAAGGCUCGGGUCAGAGGUUGUGUGGUGACGACCUUACAUGGCUCGGGUCAGAGGUUGUGUGGUGACGACCUUACAUGGCUCGGGUCAGAGGUUGUGUGGUGACGACCUUACAAGGCUCAGGUCAGAGGUUGUGUGGUGACGACCUUACAUGGCUCGGGUCAGAGGUCGUGUGGCGAAUAUUUUUUGGGGAAACAUCACAAUAAUAUAAGGUUAACGUGCAAUAAAUUACGUACGCAUUUAAUGUGUUAAGUUAUAAUUGUUGUCAUAUUUUUAAAUAAAUAAAGAAUAAAAACUUUUGACAAUGUUA